AUGGGGGAGCAGAGAUCGCCCCGUCCUCUCCUGCUGCUGCUGCUCCUGUUUCUUGGCCUCCUGUCACAAGUAUGGGCCUUCCCCUUCAGCCCCUCGCUGGACCUGGAUGUCACCCCCAGGACCACCGUCUUCACCAAAGGCCUGUUGGGGAGCCAGCGUUUUAGUGGCUCCACCCAGAACUACAGUACUCUGCUGCUGGAGGAGGAGAUGGGCCUGCUGUACGUGGGAGGGCGGGGUGCUCUGUACGCGCUCAAUACCUCCGACAUCUCCACCCCUGGAAACCUCAUGAUUGAUUGGGAAGCUUCCGCUGAACAGAAGAGGCAGUGUCUAAAUAAAGGCAAAGACAAUCAGACUGAGUGUUAUAACCACAUCCGGUUCCUGCAACGCUACAAUGAGACUCACCUGUAUGUAUGUGGAACGCAUGCCUUCAGGCCCCUCUGUGCCUACAUAGAUGCAGAGCGGUUCAGCUUUUCAUUGGGCAUGGAAGAAGGCAGAGACAGGUGUCCGUAUGACCCGGCCAAGGGUUACACCGGCCUCCUAGUGGAUGGAGAGAUGUUCACUGCCACUCAGUACGAGUUUCGCAGUUCUCCAGAUGUCCGUCGUAACUUCCCGAUCCCCACACUCAGGACGGAGGAGGCCCCUACCCGGUGGCUUCUGGAGGCAGAUUUUGUUGGCUCGGUGUUGCUGAAGGAGAGUAUCAACAGCUCUAUCGGGGACGAUGACAAGGUCUACUUCUUCUUCACGGAGAGGAGCCAGGAGCAGAUGGCAUAUCCCAGUCAGACCAGGGUGUCCAGGGUAGCCCGUGUCUGCAAGGGUGACUGGGGUGGCCAGAGGACCCUGCAGAGAAAGUGGACCUCCUUCCUCAAAGCCAGACUGGUUUGUUCUGUCCCUGAAUACGAGCUUCACCUCAACAUCCUACGCAGCGUGUUCGUCUUGCAGGAACAAGACACACAAAGCAGCAUCUUCUAUGGUGUCUUUGGCCUGGAAUGGAAGAAUAUCAAAGCCUCUGCUAUAUGCCAGUACUCUUUCUCAGAUAUACAGAGGGCCUUUGAGGGACCUUACAUGGAGGUCCAGGACUCAAAGUGGAGAGAAUACACAGGGAAAGUACCAGAACCGAGACCUGGCUCCUGUAUAACAGAUUUGCACAGAUCACAGGGAAUCAACUCAUCUCGUGACCUGCCUGACAAUGUCUUGACCUUUGCCCGGAGACACCCACUGAUGGCCAGCCAGAUCCAGCCCACAGGGGCCCGACCGCUCAUGUUCAAGAGGAGCAUCAACUAUGUCAAAAUAGCCGUUCAUAAAGUUCCAGCGCUGGAUGGAACAAUUUACACUUUCCUCUUUUUAGGAACCGAUGAUGGCUGGCUGCACAGAGCAGUUGAGAUUGAAGGCGAUAUGCAUAUCAUAGAGGAGCUGCAACUGUUUGAUCAACCCCAACCUGUAGAAAGCAUGGUCAUAUCCUCGACUCUGCGGAGCAUCUAUGUUGGCUCCCACUCUGGGGUUGUUCAGGUGCCAAUGUCAUCCUGCCAGAGGUACACCUCCUGUUACGACUGCAUAUUCGCCAGAGACCCCUUCUGUGGCUGGGAUGGGAAAAUGUGUGUGGAAAUAUCCUCACAGGCACAGAGGUCAAAUCUCACCCAGGAUAUACUGAGAGGGACCAGAGGCUGCAAGAACAGCACGGAAUAUGUGCUCCACCGGAGGCGCUCUGUGAUGUUGGGAGAUGACGUGCUCCUUCAGUGUGAGCUGCACUCCAACCUGGCAACUCCACGCUGGACACUAAAUGGCCACGAGCUGCAGGGCUACGGCCUCAACUCGGGCUACCGUGUCGGGACAGAUGGCCUCCUUAUCAUCGGAGCCCGCCCUCAGCAGAAUGGAUCUUACCAUUGUUAUGCUGUCGAGAACGCCGUCUGGGUCCCUCUUCACGUGUACACAGUCAGGGUACACACAGAUCUGUCCUUCCCUGUAGAGCCCACAGCCACAACCAACCCCACUACAGUUUCCAGCACAGCCAUUUUCACUACAAGUGGUCCCACCGAGCAGCCCCUGCCUUCACCACCUGCCCCGUUGCCCCCAGGGCCAGAAUUUCAGACAUACAGGCACAUGGAGGCCAUGUACAUCUCACUAGUGGCUGUCCUAGGCGGGCUGUGUCUGGUACUGAGUGUGGUGCUGCUGUAUGUGAGCUUCUGCACCAGAGGAGGGAUGCGGGACCGCAAGUACUCCCAACAGGGGCUCCAGGUGCAGGGGGCCACCGACCGAAAGAGGAGCUCCCACCUCGAACUCAAAACCAUCUCCAGCCACUGCAAUGGGCGGCAGGGUCGCCGCUCCACGUCAGUGCCCAACAUUGACGACAUGGGGGAAGGUUUCCUCCAGAUUGUCCCUGGGGAGGGGCAGAUGUCACCCAAGACACCGCCCCCAGCCCCUCCGCUUCCGAUGCCCCCCCCACUGCCCAACUUGGACUACGCCAACGGGCUGUCGGCGACUCUGCCCAGCGUCCUGAGGAAAAUGAAUGGGAACAGCUAUGUGCUACUGAGGCAGGCUGAUCCCGAAGGUACCUCGCCCCUCUACCACUCCUUCACCGAGGAGCUCAACAGAAUCCUGGAGAAGAGGAAACACACACAGCUGGACCUCCAGCCAGAUGAGAGCUCUAUAUAGGCCCCCAUCUCAUUCCCUACCUCCCAGUUAUUUAUUAAUUUCCCCCAGUGUUUCCCCCUAGUGGUGGGGAGGAUUAACUGUCGUAUGAAAAGCUGCUGUCACUUAACCAGUGUCAAAGUUUCAAUGGGUUAUGUCAUAACCUUAUCUGAGAUGUACAGGCCCCUGUGACUCACAUAACAAAAAGUCCACAAAUUUCACUCAAUAAUGGAUAAACCAGUCACACCGAUUGUUCUAUUACAGUCUGACAAUUUUGCAUUUCCAUAGUGUGGAAAUCCUAAUGAUUCACUACAGUCACACCAAAGAGGUCAGAUGACAUGGAAAAACAGCGGCGUUUUGGGACAUGGUCAAGAGACUGAGGAAAAGCCAGCCAAACGAAAUGUUGGCGGUGAUCACAUAUUUAGAAACUGUGGAAACCCCAGUGUUAGGCCAUUUGUUAGUGCCAUAAAAUUUUUAGCACAUUAGGGAGCCAGUUCUGUUACAGUGCACAAGAGCACAGGUGGUAUGAGAAAUCGUACAUUUCAAACUUAAUUUAUAACACUCUUUCCUUAUUUUCCUGUCUUAAUGUAAAUAGCAAUAACAACAUCACUGUUGCAGCUGUUAGUAAUAAUGUGUUGCGUAAAUGAAAAAAAAUUGUAGCGAAGCCAAGAUGAAGUGGCUUUUUUUCCCAAGCCUCUUUCUGUUGUUAGCAUCUAGCAAUGGUAGAAAAAAAUGAGCAGAUGUACUGAAGAC